AUGGGGCGCCGUCCAGCUCGUUGUUAUCGUUACUGCAAAAAUAAACCAUAUCCAAAAAGUCGGUUUUGUCGUGGUGUCCCUGGCCGUAAGAAAGCCAACGUUGACGAAUUCCCACUAUGCAUUCAUUUGCUCUCUGACGAACAUCAACAACUCUCCAGUGAAGCAUUAGAAGCGGGACGUAUCUGUGCCAAUAAAUACAUUACAAAAGUGGCCGGGAAGGAUUCGUUCCAUCUUCGCGUGCGUGUUCAUCCAUUCCACGUUAUUCGGAUCAAUAAAAUGUUGUCAUGUGCCGGUGCUGAUAGAUUGCAGACCGGAAUGCGUGGCGCUUUUGGUAAACCAACCGGUACAGUUGCACGUAUCAACAUCGGGCAGAUUAUUUUUUCUGUGCGUACAAAGGAUGCUAAUAAGGCUACUGUUAUUGAGGCUCUUCGUCGUGCUAAGUACAAGUUCCCUGGUCGUCAAAAAAUUAUCAUCUCCAAAAAAUGGGGCUUUACAAAAUUAUCUCGCGAAGAUUAUGCGGAGAAACGGCAAGCUGGUCUUUUACAGCCAGAUGGUGCUUAUGUAAAAUAUCUAUCACAUCAUGGUCCUCUUGCCGCUCAUCUGAGUCAGAUUGCUGCUCUGGAUAAUUAA